AGUUCGGGACACUGAGGAUACCCAGCAUCUCUCGCUGACCACGUCAAUCUGAGCUUCGAUUGUCUCAAAACGUCCUCCAGAAUGAUCCCCGCAAUCCUCCAAGCCUCAGUGCUUGCUCUUCGAGCAGUGGGCACCUGCCCGGCUGCACCUGUGUGCCCAACCGACGACAAGUGUUCCCAGACGAGCAAUGGAGCGACUCUCCAAGUCAACUGUGGUGUUGACUACUUUGGAGGAGACUUGCAACGGGCAGAAACUACAACGUUGGCUGGCUGCAUCAAUGCUUGCGCUGCCACCGCUGGUUGUGUUGCCGCGAGCUUCGUGAGUCAGAACUGUUAUCUGAAGAGCACUCUCAAGCCCGGGCUACCAAAUGCAAAUGUGGUUGGCAUUAUUGUCACAAACCGUGGGGCUUCGACUACUCCGGCUCCCACUGAUUCGACAUGCCCUGCAAGCUUUACCUGCCCCGCGAACAACGGCUGCACAUACAGCGACGGGUCUCGAACUUUCAAGCUGUCAUGUGGAACUGAUUUCUACGGAGGUGACAUCGGUAUCCAAACCGCCGAGAGCCUCAAAGCCUGUACGGUAGCGUGUGCGGCCAACGCACAGUGUGUCGCUGCUUCCUUCGUUGGAGGCAGUAAGCCUGGUCCAUGCUACCUCAAGGGCACCAAGAAUCCCGGCACCAUCAGUGACAACGUCAACGCUGUCUCCGUCGUGCCCAAUACUACACCAACGCCACCCGCUUUAUCGUGUGAUGCCAUCAACAGCGCUUCCAAUCUGGUCUCCAACCCCAGCUUCGAAACAAACAGUGGCUCUCGAGGGACUAUAGAUUCCUGGACCCCGUCAAACGCCAACGUCUAUCUCGUAGAGUACCAGCCAGCCGCGAAAUGCGGAAGCGACUACAUUGUGUACAACAUGAAGACGGGCACCGACUACAGCCUGACGCAGAAACUCAGCAAGGCCCUCGACAGCACCAAAUCCUACUCGCUCAACUUCUACCUCAUGCCGUACAGCAAGACCGGCAGCAUUACCUGCACCAUCUCGGCCUAUGCAAACGCUGUCCGCGUCUUCACCCAAGACAUCACAAAGUUCAACAACGAAGACGGAAAGGGCACCGGCACCGAAGAUCUCACGUACUACGCGUACGCGGCGACCUUCAAGCCCGCGGCCACCUCCGUCGACCUCAAGUUCCAGGCUACGUGCACCGGCGCCUCGGAUGCGGUGGCCUAUUUCCUGCUCGACGCCGUGAGCGUGACAGCCGCGUAGAGUGUAGAGGACAGCACAGGAGGAAAGACGGGACGGCACAGAGGAGGAAAAACGGGACAGGGGAGGAAAGAAACGGGACGGAGCUGAGCAGAGCACGCGGUGCAGACGGGUGCAGAUAGUAAUCGUAAUACAAAAUUCGC